ACCCACAUGGCCAAACCAUCCAAUCCAAGCAUUCAUCUAUAAUCUCUCUAUCAAGGUUUCAACAAAGCAACACAAAACUCAAGAAAAUCACAAACAAAAAUGGGUUACUGGUCAGCUGAAAAUGCCACAGAAGCAUACAUCAAAACCAUGAAAAUGGGAAAGCGAGCCAACGAACCGGACAUAGCGGAAUUCAUCUCCGCGAUCGCAGCAGGAAACAACGCGCAACUCAUGGUGGUCGCAUGCGCGGCCACAGCCGGGCUAACCACAUUAGGCCUCAUUGCAGCAUCUCACCAAACCGGUGGUAAACUUAUUUGCAUUGUAAAAGGGAUAGAAGAACUUGAAUCCUCCAAACAAGCACUCAACUCGGAUGCAAACCACGUAGAAUUCGUCGUGGGAAACGCACAAUCUUUCUUGUCCAACGAGUACAAACUCGCGGAUUUCGUGGUCAUUGAUUGUAAUCUAGAGAACCAUGAAGCAGUUCUUGAAGCUGUUCAAAACAAUAGGGAAAAGAGUACUAUUGUGUUGGGGUAUAAUGCAUAUUGGAAAGAUUCAUGGGUGUGGAGUAGAUUAAACAGUCAUUUGUUGCCCAUUGGAGAAGGGUUGUUGUUGAUGCGAGUUGCCGGAAAGGGUGACAAUGGUGGUGGGAAGAGUGGUGGUCAUGGUUGUGAUUCGAGGAGGAGUCAUUGGGUGGUUAAAGUGGAUAAAUGUACUGGUGAAGAACAUGUUUUUCGGGUUAGAUCGCCGGGUGGUAGGGUUGUUAAAGCUUAAGGUUUUUGAAUGUAUAUAGUUGUAGGUUGUUCAUGAUCUAUUGAUCAUCAUCAUCAUCUUCUGGGUGCAUGUUAAUUGAAUCACCAGAAAGAUUAGUGAUCUGUACUUAGUGAUCAUCCAUUAAGGGGUUUGCAUUUAUGUUAUAACUUGGCAUCCGUACAA